GUGGCCGCGGCUGUCAGUCACCGGGUCCCGGCCGGUGAUUAAUCGCCAGUGCCCAUUGAUUUCCCAGCAUCUCCGACGGGGGGGGGGACUGUUGGUAAACAAAACAGUUCUCUCUGUCAGCUCGUGCACACUGCUUUGUAUGACUGUGCACAGCACAGCCAGUGAAGCACUAACACACAGACCCUAGUAAAACAGCACACAGUUAACCCUUUGAUCGCCCCACAUGUUAACCCCUUCCUUCCCAGUACCAUUAAUACAGUGUCAGUGCUUAUUAGCACUGAUCACUGUAUUGGUGUUACUGGGGAUGUCAGUGACAUCAAGUCAGUUCCCCCCAGUGUCAGAAUGCCCGGUGCAGUCCCAUUAUAAGUCACUG